GUACUAGAGGGGGUUACAAUCUGAAGCUCAGACCGGAGAAAGGAUUCCGAAGGGCGGGAGGGAGAGGGAAGGGGGGUUUAUUACAUCCGAUUUUGCAGCCGCUCGUCUUACGUCGCCCCGGUCGCCUUCUUCCUGCGGCUUUCGUUCCGAGCUGGCAGAGUGUGCUUUGCUCGCCCGGUCCACAACUGGGAGUCGAGGGACGAGCAGGGCAGGGCAGGGCAGGGCGUCCGGCGAGGAGGAAGUCUCGGCUCCUGCUGGAUGCUCGCUUGCUUGUUCGCUCGCUCGCUAGCUCGCUCGCCUGCCUCGGGGCUGGCGAAUGGCCUGUCGCAUCCCGUCUCACAUUCCAUCGGCACAUCAUUCGGCACGCCCUUCUGUCGGGUCUCGGCUGUUCUGUAGCGUGGAGCUCCCCUCCGCCCUCGCGCUGUAGAAGCAAGCACCAGGACCUCCUCCACUGCAGCAUUUUGCCAUUCCUUGUUCUUUUUCCGCUUGCUCGCCUUGCAUGGCAUCGAAGGUAGCUCGGCAGCAGGUGAUGAUAAAGCCUUGCCCGGCGAAUCCUGCGAUCAGAGAAGACACAGUACUGUUGGGCCGACGCAGCGAUCCUCCCUUUCCUUGUUCCUCGGUGCUCUGGGUUCCAUCUAGUGGCGGAAGCCGUGGUCGUGGAAGGGAGGAGUGUGACGAUAGCUGAUUCGUAUGGUCGUGAAUGCUCCCUGCCUUCGCCAGCCACCGUCCCCUCUCAGGCUCGAGCUCUCACAGCUUGUGCCAUGGGCCAGAACCGGCUCGGGAUAAAGCACAGGACGUUGUAGUUGGAGAAGAAUAGCGGUCUUUCGGUUCUCCCUGGGUUGCUCCCUCGGCCCGGAAGCCGCCCGAACAUCGUCCAGGUCUCGGAGUACGAUGUUGUGGGCAGGGAGGUUGCAUUGAGCGAUUUCUUCGACGAGAAGAAUGCCAGUGCCGUGUGGGUGUUUAGGUCGCCAGUGACAGGCUCAAUGACGCGCAGGAUAGAAAAGUCUCGCGCAGUCGAGCUCAAGUGUCGAAGGAUUGUGGAAGCCUCGCAAGCACUUGGAGCGACUUGGACCCAUCAUCUCUAUUGACCAUUGGAAAAACUUCUAUUGAAUAAAAGUAAAAAACCUCUGAGACCGUCUGUGGCACUGACUCCAUUCGAAAUCCUUAGGUUUGAGCUCGAGAUAUACACCCAAAAUGGGGUGGAGUGGGGAUGAGCCCGUGAUCCGGAGAGAGCGAUCGUUUGCUCGUCUGUCAAUGGAGCACGUCACACGCCCAGGAGGAAAUAGGAAGCUCGUGGAUUCUGUCGGAUGCACUCUCUGGUGGGUGAAGCGAGUAUGUUUCAGUCUGGCGGCUAUCGGAUUCCUACUGACAGUGUCAUCUGUCGCCCGCGAAACCUUCUCAGCUGCUCUAUUUUAUCCGAGGAAGCUGGUGUCAUCUCAGCAGCAGCUGCGCCUGAACUAUCUGAGAGUGGGGCAGGAGUUCCAGCCCGGUCGACCUGUUAUCACAACGGAGCGCCAGUCGAUAACGGUGCGAGUGGACGCAAACAAGCCCGAAGACGACGACCAAAGCAUAAGAGUGAAGAAGUUCGGGUCUGCCAAUCUGAAAGAAAGUCUUCCUGAUCGAGCCGAUGAGCAGCAGCCUUAUAUCGAGGACAUGAUCUCUCUACCGGAGAGAUUGGACUUAUUUCUCGUUCGGCAGUUUCUGGAUUUCUCGCUCCGAGACAGGCUCACGUCAUGCAAGUAUGGCGACAGUCAAUUUCUUUCCAAAAUUUUGAACGCGGAUUUUGUCGACGGAAGACUGGCAGUCACAUGCUUGAGGCCUGCGGAAUUUGCUACAGAAAACUUCACGGUGACCAACGUGACCAUCGAGGUGGACGAUGGUGAGAGCGGAACUCUGCGGAGCAAGCUGGAGUACGAAGUCCCGGCGAGGUGGGAUGCUCCCCUGGUUUACGCCGUGGUCGCCACAAAAGAAGACGUGAUCCUUUUCGUCAAGGGAGUGUUCGACAAGAGGAAACUCGGGGACUACUCGAAUUUGCACUCGUUCAAGUGCGUCUUUGGGCGAGGAAUCGAGACGGAAGUCACCUCGGGCGCUCAGGAAGUCUACAGGUGCGUCACCCCGAAAUUUGGGGCCAAGGACGUGCUCAGGCAAAAGGUCUACCUGCGCUACCAGGGGCACCUGAUACCCUCGGUGGCGUACUACGAUCGAUCGAAGCCUAGGAAAGGCAUGCUGGCCGACGAGGAGUUGGUGCUGGCUCCACCCACAGAGCCCCACGGGAAGAAGCAUCUCAUCUGCUCGUGCACCAUGGUCUGGAACUCGGCCAAGUUCUUGAAAGAAUGGGUCUUGUAUAACUCGCACUUGGGAGUGGAGAAAUUCUUCCUCUACGACAACAACAGCGAGGACGACAUUGAGCCCGUGGUGGCGCUCCUGCACGAGUACAACGUCACACGCCAUCUCUGGCCGUGGGUCAAGACUCAGGAGGCCGGAUUCUCGCACUGCAUCAUCCGGGCGCAGAGGGAAUGCGUGUGGGUUCUGUUCGCCGAUGUGGACGAGUACGUCUUCCCCAAGCACUGGCUGCCCAAGUUUGGGGACCCUGCGUCUCCUCCCAAAUCGCCGCUGGCCAUGGCAAACCCCUUCCCGAGAAGCGCCUUCAGGCACCUCAUCGAAGACACACUCGGGAAAGUGAUCCUGAGGACGAAGCUCCUCAGACCGAAGGCAAUCGUCCAGACCCUAGGCCAGGUCUCGAUCUUCUGCCGGAAUUUCGGUCCCUCGGGGCUGACCGAGCAUCCGCCCCGAGGUGUGACACAGGGGUACACCUGUAGAGAUCAGAGGGAGCAGAGACACAAGUCGCUGGUUCUGCUCAGUGCCCUGAAGCCCUCCAUCGCCAAUGUGAUUCACCAUUUCGAGCUAAUGCCCGAGUACACCACGAUGUACAUCGAUCCCCGGCACGCCGUGAUCAACCACUAUAAGUUUCAAGCUUGGAGCGAGUUCGAGACCAAGUUCACCAAGCGUGCCUCCACGUACGUCGUGGAUUGGAAGGAGCCCAAGAAUCUGAAUUCUCGGGAUAGGCCGGAUGGGGUAGGUCCCGAGGGUCGGAAACCCGAGAAUUGGGAGCAUAGCCACUGCUUCAUGAACGACACCGCUCUCAGAGAUUACACGCGGAGUAUAUUCGAGGUGAAGGACGGUGAUAUGGCUGGCAAAUUAGAGUGGGAGCUGUUGUGAGAUCUAUUGUACAUUUUUUUAGUGUCCCGAGCUGUAAAGUAUUACUACUCUGUUAGUUCUACUGUUCUGCUGACGAUACACUCUUCGAGGGCGGGAUUCGGAAGUGGAUGGUGCGAGCUGCCGGUCUAUUUGGGUGGACAACCUUCGAGGUUUCCGGUCUCAGGAUUGGAUCGCUGCGAACGCAUUCCUCUUGUCUAUGGGGACAGGAGUUGUCAGUUGUGCAAUAUCAGGGCCGCAACGCACAGAGCUCUCAUGACUUUGACUGCGGCACCUACUCAUUGCUGCACAGGUGCACAGAGGCAGAUUACAGCGUAUGGUUUUCUUCUUCAUCGAAGUCUUCUCGAGUUUUUGCUUCCCUGGUAUACCAUUGCUGUGUUACGAACUGAAUGCCACGGGGUCUCACCGAAUGCUUCAUAUCCAGACCGGCCCUGGCAGCAGUGUGUACAGAUUUUAGCAGUAGCUCAUUCUUUCAGUCAUGGGCAAGACCGAUGGACAGACAGACAGCCCAAUUAGCCAGGCCUAGCCCCCUCAAUUUUCAUGUGGCUGUCUCUUUGCCUCGCUACCGGGGAGAGUUUUAGUAAUUUCCGAGAAGUAAAGCGUUCAGGACGUUGGACCGCUUGUAUAUAGAGCUAAUUAUUGCUGCAAGCCUCGUCACUUUUGCAGAGUAGAGAGAAUUCUUCUAGGUCAUAACUUCCACGACAGCUCUGAAAUAAAGAGUCUGAGGAAGAAAAGCUUACUGUCCUUACCAAGGUAGAUGUGUUCGCAUACAGCAGGAGCGGCUAGAAUCAGUUAGACUUAGGCACCCCUUCGUCAUCUAGAUGCCGUCAAAACACAAACAAUUGGGGUCUGCCUUACCUACCGACUUACGUGUAACUACCUCGUACAAGAGCCUUUACCAUUCUUAUGAACCGCGCGAUCCGACUUCGCUUGCUUUUCCUUCCUGUGGAGCGCACGAAGAGCACGAGGAUCCCACAACCUUUGCCCUGGUUCCAGCAAAUGUGUGUCCACAGAGAUUGUACUUCCCCAUAUUCGGGGGCCAGAAAGCUGUUACUGCUUUCAAGUAAUCUGAGGCAAUCUUGAAGUAAAUCGCUUGGUGCAGCACUUGCACUAAUUAAGC